AUGCUUUUCUCGGGUAUUCCCACGGCUGUGCUGGCGCUGGCUGGUGUGGUCCAGUCUGCUGUGCUGCAGCCCCGCGACCUUCUCCAGGAUUUGCAGGAUCAAGCGAUUGCGGCGUUGAAAGAGGCGGAGACCAAUGGAACCGUUGGGAAGAGGGGGAGCUGCUCCGUCUUCAAUGCCCCUGUGAGGAGAAACUGGGACCACAUGAGUGCGAAAGAGCGCAAAGAAUACAUCAGAGCUGUAAAAUGCUUGCAGUCUUUGCCUGCAAAGUCCGACCCAGCAUUGGUACCUGGCGCCAAAACCCGAUACGAUGACUUUGUCGGACAGCACAUCAACCAGACACUGUCGAUUCAUGGCACUGGCAACUUCUUGGCCUGGCACAGGUACUAUACAUUUGCCUAUGAGAAGACGCUGAGGCAAGAGUGCGGCUACAAGGGUUACCAGCCUUACUGGAACUGGCUCAGUUACCAGGACGAUGUGACAAAGUCUCCUGUGUUUGAUGGCUCCGCUACCAGCAUGGGCGGCGAUGGCUCUUAUGUCAAGCACAACGGAAGUGUUGCUGGCGGUGGCAACAUUGCUCUGCCUUCGGGUAAGGGUGGAGGAUGCAUAAAGAGUGGACCAUUCAAGGAUCUCCAAAUCAACCUCGGUCCCGUGAGUCCAGCAAUGGAUGGAGAAACUAAAACCCCAUCGCCACUUGCCUACAACCCCCGCUGUGCAAAGCGAGAUAUCACCUCCUACUCUGCGCAAACCUGGCUGACCGCACAAAACAUGUAUAACAUUACCAUUGGCCCUGCAUCCAAGAACAUUGGCACUUUCCAGGACGAGCUCCAAGGUCGCUUUACCCAGGGCUUCUUGGGCAUGCACGCCGCUGGUCACUAUGUCAUUGGUGGAGACGGUGGCGACUUUUACAGCAGUCCCAACGACCCUGUCUUCUUUCUGCACCAUGCCAUGGUCGACCGCGUGUGGUGGAUCUGGCAGGCUCUGCACCUCAACCAAGCGAGCUCUGUUGCCGGCAACGUCGCGGCGUUCAACCCUGGAAGCGCAAAGACUACCAUAAAGGAUCUUGUUCAGAUGAACUGGCUUAAUGUGGAUGACAAGACGCUCGAGGAGCUGAUGAGUACGUUGAGCGGAGAGCCAAUGUGCUAUAUCUACUUUGCAAUGACAAAACCAAUUUCCAUCGUGGGAGCAGGCAUUGCGGGCUUGACGCUUGGCCGCAGUCUUCUCCGCCGCGGUAUUCCUGCAAUCCUGUACGAAAAAGCCGCGUCAAAGCCCCGAUUCAACUACGGCAUCACUCUCCACGCGACCACAUACAGGCCGCUUCUCAAGAUCCUCGACAUCGACGAGGACGUCUUCAAGAGCCGGGUAGCUGUUGAUGUUGAGAGCGGCGGCUCCGGAAAGAUCGGACCAAGCGUUGAGCUUCCGAGUCAUGAUGGCCUGUAUGACACACAGUCCUCGUUUCGCGCCAACAGAAGCAAGCUAGAGCAAUUGCUGGGUGAAGGUCUCGACAUUCGAUGGCAAAAUACGCUACAGAGCAUUGAUUCCUCUCCGCAAGGGACCAAGCUGCGGUUCCUGAACGGCAAGACAUGCGCUGCAGACAUCAUCAUCGCCGCCGAUGGCGUGCAUUCUAGCGUUCGGAAAACGGUGUUGCCGUCAGCGCAGAUAAAGGUUCUCCCAUACAUUGCAUUCAAUGGAAAGAGAAAAAUCAAUCGCAAGGCUUUCGAGGCAGUCUACGGGCCCGCAAUGACAGAAAGCGCAGUCAUUGAAUCGAAGCACAACGGUGUGGUCCUCAACAUUAGCAUCAAUGAGAAGAAACAUGAAGAAGCAAGCAUCAGCUGGAUCUAUUCCCGCGCCGUGCGUGGCGACUCGGAUCCCCUGCAUCGACCAAACCGAUCCAACGAGGAUUCCAAAAAGACGCCCGAAGAACUAUUCCAAGAAGUCCAGGCCCUCAAAGGACUCCAGCCCCCCUUCUCAGACGUUUUUGAUGCGCAGAAGAUGCGCGAGGACAGGAUACUACAUUGGCUCAUGCGAACCGUUUUGCCGUCGUUUUCAGACCUUCAGACUCUGGCCCUUGAAACCAGCGUGUACUUUAUGGGCGAUGCUGUGCGCGCUGAACAAAUUAUUGGUGGCAACGGUGCAAACGCUGCUAUACUCGAUGCCCUGGCGCUCGCGGAGAAGCUUGAUAGCGGUGACGCGAAGACUAUCUCGGAAUGGUACGGCGAACGAUAUCCGGUGUGGACGAAAGGAGUCGAGCAGAGCCAAGAGAGUAUAGACAGGUUGCAUCGGUCAUCGAGGCCGCUUUCUGGGAAUCUCUGA